AUGGCUGUUUUGAGCACCAUCAUAUCGUCAUCACGAGCCAAAUCAACUACAAGGACAACUACAGCAUGUCUCUUCCUCCUGCUCUCGCUCUCUUCCUACAUCACUAGUCCUGCUGCCGCUCAAUAUUAUACGCCCACUACUACAUGGGGUGGUGUAUCGACCUUUAUAGAAGGUCAAAGGUUUAUUAUCCAAGGCGGUAGCAAUGGCACGUACGCAAUUCCGCAGACCUUUGAAAUCGACCUCUCAACUCCUUGGGAUACUUCCAAUGUACCCUACAGACGUCUCGCGGAUGGUCCUAGUGAUUAUAAACAUUCUGCAGCACAGCUCAAAGGCGGGCAGGGCUGGUUCGUACUUGCAAGUGGCGUUGGAUACCAAUACGAUAUCUCUCUCAACAACUGGAAAACUAUAGGUGGCUCCAUUUAUCUCAGCAAGAUGGCACAAUACGACAUUGCCGCGAAUACGCUUAAGGGUGUUCCCAUGCAUCUUCGCCUGGCUACAAUGUCACCUACGGUGUUGCUUGGAGCGAACAGCUGA